AUGUGUGAGGGUGGCCGUUGUUUCCGCACAUUUGCUUCUUCCACACACACUGCUCCUGUCGGCAGCCUCUCGCGGCACCCAGGCCGUGGAUCGAGAGGUGUGAGGGUCUGCUCCAAGUACAACGAGGACAACAAGAUGCACUUCAUGACGACCAACCUGAUCCGCGGGUGGUUCCAGCGCAUGGAGCACAUGCGCCAGUACGCGUUGGGCGUUGCGCUCAUGAUUGGGGAGGAGAGGCGGCACGAGAUUGUGGCGCUGUGUGUGUUGCGCGGCCAGGGCAUGCCGGCCGUUGCGAGGGACGUGGAGGGCACGGAGCUGCUGGACUGA